AUGCUCCACUCUCUCACCACUUUCCGCCGCUACUACCCAAACCUCCUCUCUUCUCUACACCACCUCACCACCAAAACAACAACCACUCAUCUCCUUUCAAACAACUCACACCUUAACCCUUCUUUCAAACCCCACCUUCUUGAACUUUCCACCGUUAUCCCCGAUAUCACGCGCCAAUUUUGGAGGGUUCCAAUUUUGAAACCCCAACACGUCCUCCAAAUCAUACUCGGUUUUCAAUCCGAGUGUACUAACAUUGGUAUUCGUGUUGAAAAGGUUCGAUCUUUGUAUAAAAUUUUCAAAUGGGGUGUUGAGAAAAACAACACCCAUUUUUCACAAUCUUAUGAGGUUAUGUCAUUGCUUCUUGUUCAUGCUGGGUUGUUCACAGAAGCUGAGAAUUUGAUUACUUCAUUAGAGGGUAAAGGAGUUUUUUUAGGGGAAAUCCGUAGUGGGAUUUUCGAUAAACUAAUUGAAGGUUAUGUUCGUGAGAAGGAAUUGGAAAAAGCGGUUUUUGUGUAUGAGGGAAUGAAGGAACGAAAAAUGGUUCCUUCGAGGAUGUGUUAUCGGGUUCUGCUUGAUUACUUGGUGAAGAUGAAGAGAACACAGACUGCUUUUCAUGUGGCGUUUGAUUUGGUGGAAUUGGGUGAAUCGUUGUGUUGUGAUGAGAUGAAAAAUGUAGAGGAUGUUAUGGUUUUGCUUUGCGUUGACGGGAAGAUUCAAGAAGCGAGAAGCUUGAUUCGGAAGGUGUUGCGUUUGGAAAAUUACGAGGUUAGUAGCUUGGUUUUUGAUGAAAUUGCGUUCGGGUAUUGUGAGAAGAAGGACUUUAAAGAUUUGAUUAGUUUCUUUGUUGAAGUAAAUUGUGUUCCUAGUGUAAUAGCGGGUAAUAGAGUUAUGAAUUCUAUGUGUGAAAGCUAUGAUGUAGAAAGAGCGAGUUUGUUUUUGAAUGAACUCGAAAGUGUAGGUUUUCGUCCUAAUGAAGUAACCUAUGGGAUGUUAAUUGGUUGGAGUUGUUAUGAAGGGAAAAUGAAGAAUGCUUUGAGUUAUUUAUCGGUUAUGCUUUCAAAAAGCUUUGUGCCGCGUUUAUGUACUUAUAAUGCUCUUAUAAGUGGAUUGUUUAAAGUAGGUGCGUUAGAGAAUGCUAAGGAUAUUCUUGAUGAGAUGAUUGAUAGGGGAAUGAUUCCUGAUAUUUCGACUUUUAAGGUUCUUAUAGCAGGGUAUUGUAAGUCAAGACGGUUUGAUAAAGUGAAAAGUUUGGUUUGUGACAUGGACAGCCGUGGUUUGGUUAACCUUUCUUUGACGGAGAGUCCACUUUCCAAGGCGUUUCAGAUUUUGGGCUUGAACCCUUUGAAUGUGAGGUUGAAACGAGACAAUAGCAAGAAACUUUUCAAAGCAGAGUUCUUCGAUGAAAUGGGGAAUGGACUUUAUUUAGACACAGAUGUUGAUGAAUUUGAGAAUCAUGUUGCUUCGAUUCUUGAAGAAUCCGUGUUACCAAACUUCAAUUCAUCUGUUAUGAAGGAAUGCAACAGCAAUAACCUAAAAAAUGCAUUGGUUUUGGUCGAAGAGAUGCUUUGUUGGGGCCAAGAAUUGCUUUUGCCUGAAUACUCUAAAUUAGUGAGACAACUUUGUUCAUCUCGCUCACAAAUCACAUCAGUAAUCAAACUUUUGGAAAAAAUGCCACGGUCUGCCCGCAAACUCGACCACGAAACCCUCAACAUGGUUGUACAGGCAUACAGCAAGAAGGGUUUACUUUUCCAAGCAAAAACUAUACUCGAUGAAAUGCAUCAAAACAAAUUUUAUAUCGAGAAUCUGACGUAUACCUCCUUACUUGUACCUUUAUGUAAAAAAGGAAACAUGAAGGACUUCAGUUAUUACUUGAAAAUUGCUUGUAGAAAUAAAUGGUUACCGAAGUUGGAGGAGUUUAAACAUCUUCUUGGUCAUAUCUGCCAUCAGAAAAUGCUUCCAGAAGCAUUACAGUUUCUCGAAAUCAUGCUUUUAGCGUCCCCUCUCCAAAGGUUAGAUAUAUAUCAUAUAUUUCUCGAAGUACUUUCAUCUAAGCGUCUUACAGAUACUGCACUUGCAAUUUUAAAACAACGACAAUUUUAUUCAUUCUUCGAUCGCACUGGUUAUAAUAAUCUUAUGAGGGGCUUAUGCAACGAGGGCAAGUUUUCGCUAGCUUUUACGAUAUUGGAUGAUAUGCUACAGAGAAAUUUUGCACCUUGUUUGGAUGUUUCACUCUCGUUAAUCCCGCAACUGUGCAAGGUUUGUAAAUAUGACAAAGCUAUUGCAUUAAAAGAUAUCAUUCUGAAAGAACAGCCUUCGAUUUCUCAUUCUGCUGAUUGGGCAUUGAUAUGCGGAUUUUGUUAUUCAGGUAACAUUGAGAAAGUGGACUCUCUGUUCCGAGAUUUAUUAUCUAAAGGACUUGUUUUAGAUGAUGAGCUUUGUAACAUGCUCAUUCAGGGCCACUGUAAAACUAAUGACUUGAGAGUAGUGGGAGAGCUACUCGGUGUUGCGAUAAGAAAGAGCUGGGAGCUGUCUCUCUCAAGUUACAGAAAUUUGGUGUGGUCGAUGUGUAUGAAGGGCAGAGUCCUGUUUGCGCUGAGCUUAAAGAAUUUUAUGCUUGCACGAUGUUCAUUUGAUGACGUUAUCGUGUAUAAUAUUCUUAUUUUCUAUCUUUUGUCUAGUGGAAACUGUUUGGUUGUUAGUAAGAUACUAACUGAAAUGGAAGAGAAGAAGGUUAUACUCGAUGAAGUUGGUCAAAAUUAUCUUGUUUAUGGUUUUUUGCAAUGUAAAGAUUUAUCCGGUUCUUUGCAUUAUCUGACUACCAUGAUUUCGACGGGACUCAAACCGAGUAGCCGCAGCUUAAGGAAGGUAAUAAGCAGUCUGUGCGAUAUCGGAGAGCUGCAAAAAGCUGUGGAAUUGAGUCGAGAAAUGGGAUUAAGAGGAUGGAUACACGAUUCUGUCAUCCAAACAAGAAUUGUGGAAAGCCUUCUUUCUCAUGGUUUGGUAAAAGAAGCGGAAAGUUUUUUGGACAGAAUGGAAGAUGAAUCUCUAACUCCCGACAAUAUCAAUUACGAUUACUUGAUUAAGCGUUUCUGCCAGCACGGAAGAUUGAAAACCGCAGUUCAUCUUCUGAACAUAAUGCUAAAGAAAUCCAACAUUCCGAUUUCCACCAGCUAUGAUUUUCUCAUUCAUGGAUUCUGUGCACAGAAUGAAUUAGACACGGCUUCAUGUUUUUAUUCUGAAAUGCAAAACUGGAAUCUCAAACCAAGAAUCGACACAGUGGAAACGCUCGUGUUUAGCUUCUGCGAACAUGGGAGGACAGAACAAGCAGAACAGUUCUUAGUGGACAUGAUUCGCGGAGGCGAAACGCCAACGAGAAAAAUGUAUUGCGCCGUGAUUAAAAAUUAUCACGCGGAAAAGAAUAUUAAGAAGGCGUCGGAGCUUGUGCAAGCCAUGCAGGAAAAGGGCUACCAGCCUGAGUUUGACAUACAUUGGUCUCUGAUAAGCAACUUAAGCAAUGCCAAAGAAAAGAAUUCUGAUAAUGGUAAGAAGGGAUUUCUAUCAAGACUUCUUUCUAAAACUGGUUUUCUUCAAAGGAGAUGA